GUGUUUAUACACCGUAGCGGAGCGGUAUGGAUGCAAUAAUUUUUACUAACUGCAAUUUGGAGAACAAGGAGCUUAAUUGUGCACGCAUAGAAUUUCAAUGGGAUUCCGAGUAUUUUCCCGUUCUUUAUUUUGGGGAUGCAUACUUUACAAUGUUUUCGCCAGCACUUCUCUUCUGAAAGCGAUGGCUAAUUCCAAAUUCACGUUGCCAUCUGAUGCGAGUGAAGUCACGUGGGCUCAUGCUGUCAACAGUCGGGAAGAGCUCGAAAAAGAGCUUGCCGGACCAGCGGAUUUCUUAGAAGCUGACGUAUCAAUGGGUUUAUUAACAGGAAAUGAGUUUGGAACUCUGGUGCCUAUAAUGGCCCAUCCUCCUGAUACUUCGUCGGAUAUUUCGUUGGAAAUGUGGAUCGAUACAGUGAUUCAUCAUAACACCGGGAAAGGUGUCAAAUUGGAUUUCAAAUCCCUGGACGCCGUGGAACCUUCUCUUGGAAUAUUGGAGAGCCGCAACGAGAAAUUGAACUUCAGCCUGUGGUUGAAUGCUGACAUAUUAUACGGUCCUAUCCAUGCAUCUAUCACUCCAGUCAAAGAUGACUUGUUCUUGUUACUCUGCCGUCAAUACUUCCCGAAAGCUGUUCAUUCAGUAGGAUGGACAACGAAUUGGUAUCCAACAUUACCACUAGAUGAAUGGCACUAUGAAUGGAUGCAUGUUCGAAAAAUGGCAGAUGUUAUUCGAUGCUUUAGUUACGAAAAAAACUAUCCGCCUUUCACCUUCCCUGUCCGAGGAAUAUUUGCGUCAAGAUCCAUAAGACAACUUCAAUGGCUCCUAGGAGUUAUUCCUGAUAGUUUUCUAACUGUUUGGAGUGCAGAAAAUGAUCCAUUGGAAGUCAGUGAUUUAACCAUAAUUCGAAAGUUCUUUCCUCCUGAUAAGGUGUUUUACGAUAUACCACAAAGACUCCAAAACAUUCUUUCUGAUGUUCGAAAUACUGUUUCUUAUGUUCCAAGCAGUGCUUUUGAUAUCAGUGCCGAUCAGUGGAUGACUUUUACACACGGCCAAGGUCCUCAGUGCACUUCCUACUCUUACAUCAGUAAUAACACCAUUGUCUUCGGCAAGUCGUUAUCUACAGCUGUGCUUUUGAAGAAGAUGUUGCAUGUGGACGAUGACAAUAGAUUAAAAGUGGAGGGAAGAAUUAAGUUUUUCAAAGAUUAUGAACGAAGAACGAGUUCUUACCCUGGCAACCACGAACUCAAGAUCGUUGUCAUUGAUGUUAGUUUACUUUCUAAAAAUUCCACUGCAGAAUCUCUCGAUUUAACAGAAAGCGAUGCUGACGUACUGUGGUCAGCAGUUAAUGCCUCGGAAUUAUAUUCCUUCCGACAGACUUUUAAUAAUAACUGUCAUAUGUUUCAGCUGGACACCGAUCAUUCUAGAGCCUUCCAAGCCUGGAAUAUAUCUUGCCACGAGAUGAACACAGAUAAACCUUUUGAUGAAAUCGUAAAAAGUGGUGUCCAAGUAGUGCCUUACAGAAAACGAUUGGUGCUACCUGCCGCGCCUUUCAUGAUAGGUUUCGUGUCAACUGGAGAGGAUCAUGUGGUUAUUCAUGAUUUCAAACUCAGUGAUGGCAAAGAUCUGCAGCUAGCCAGCAAAUCUUGUAUAGCGGAAAUUUCUUUGGGUUUAUUAAGUCUGAUAUUUGCAUUUUUUGUCUUCCUUUAAGAUUGUUUAAAAUUGAAAAGGAAAUAUUGUAUAAAACAGUUCAUUUUUUGAUAUAGUUGAAUAAAGUUGAAACUAAUAUUUAAAAAAUUGUAAGAAGGACAUAUAUUUUACAGUAUCAUGUAAAUAUAUUGUUUGAGUUGGAAGCAAUUAGUUGAUAUUUUUUUUUAAUAAUUCAAGGAAUAAAAGAUAAUCUGAUAUCAGUUAAAACGUAAGUCUGAAGAUAUUUGAGAAGCUAUAUAAUCUAUUCUGAUUCAUGGAAUGAUACAAAAUUAAAUUAAUUCAUUAUUUUCAUAAUGAAUAUUUUCUUAUUUACAUAAUAAAUAUCUCCUUUCAUUAUUCACAUAUUAAAAUAAUUUCUUAUUUAAGUAAUAAAUAAUUUCUUUCAUUAUCCACAUAUUGAAAUAAUUUCUUAUUUACGUAAUAAAUAAUUUCUUCCAUUAUCUACAUAUUGAAAUAGUUUCUUAUUGA